AUGAAGAACGACACCACCGCUUACAGAGCGUGGACCACCCUACAAAACAUCUUCCUUGACAACCAAGAAUCCCGCACCAUUGACCUUCAAAACAAAUUUGCCAAUACCCGUCUUGACCAAUUUCCCAACAUGUCCGCCUAUUGCCAAGCCAUGAAACUCAUGUUCGACCAACUCACCAGUCUUGGUUCCACCACCACCGAAAAGCAACUUGUCAUGCAAAUCCUUACCGGCCUAAACGAUCAAUACGAAAACAUUGCUCUCAUUCUACAACAAACUGUCCCCUUACCAUAUUUUUACAACACCCGUUCUCGUCUUUGCCAAGUUGAGGAACGAAAAACGGCUCAAGCAAACAUUUCGGGACAAGCUAUGGGUACCGCACUAACCACCACACCGGACACCUCCAAUCGCACCACCAAUAAUACUCGUGACCGAUCCCGUGGUGAUACCUAUGACCGCCGUGGUGAUACCUAUGACCGCUGGGGACGCGGACGUGGCCCGGGUCGCCAUGGCCGCGGUUCCUUCGGCCGAGGUCGGUUCAACAACAGCGACAACUAUUACAGUGGGGCUCCAUGGCAUGCACCUCCUUGGGCCGGCCCACAUACACCUUGGAAUCAAUGGCCUACAACACCACCAUGUCCCUAUCCCUCGGCCCAAACCCAACAGCCCAACACACCAAACCCGGUGACGUGCAGUCGUAGGUACACGCAAAUUUAA